UGAUGACGUCACUGUAUGUCAGGCCUCCUACAGCAGGACAAUAAAAGCUGCGAGACAACCAACCCGGACAGCAGUUUGCCUGGAGGUUGCAACUCGGUACCAGCACACGCGCCGCGCACCAAGCAUCACACCAGCGGCCAGUUGACGAUGGCCCGAAGGUUGUGCUUACUGUUGGCGGUAUGGACGGGAUGGGUGGCGGGGCAGUCCUCGCCCUACUGCAGCUUCACGUCUCGACAUACUCUGUGCAAGUUUUCAGGUGUGGGGCCCCGGUGUGGGUCUCAAGUGAUGGCCCGCGGGGUUGGGGCCCAGGACGCGGCCGCCAUAGUGGCUCAACACAACCAGCUGAGGUCUCGGGUAGCCAUGGGUCAGGAACGACGCGGAGAUCCCGGACCUCAGCCACAAGCUGCUAACAUGAGGCUCCUGGAGUGGGAUGACGAGCUGGCGGUGGUCGCACAGGGGCACGCUGACCAGUGUGUCUUCGAGCACGAGUGUUCCGACUGUCGCCGCGUCUCAAGGUUCGGUGUCGGGCAGAAUCUGUUCAUCAGCUUUCAGAGCAAUUUUGACACCCAGAUCCAGUGGAACCGAGCCAUCAAGGCCUGGUAUGACGAGGUGGUCGACUUCGACCCUUCUGACAUCAAGCCCUUCCAGUUCUCGACGGCGGUGGGUCACUACACACAGAUGAUGUGGUGGAACACGUAUACGGUGGGUUGUGGCUUCACCAUGUACGAGGACGGUGGCUGGUGGAAGAAACUAUACACGUGUAACUACGGACCCGGCGGUAACAUUAUCUUCAGUCAGAUGUACCGGAGAGGCUCACCCUGCUCCUCCUGUCCUGAGGGUACUACUUGUUCCCUCCAGUACUCGGGACUCUGUGGUGCAGCCUUUGCUACGCGCUUCCCCACGAACCAGGUGGCGGGGAGUAGAGGUAGAGCCCCCACAGCCCAGGAGGAAGAAAACAUGUUCAUUCCCUUCAAUGGUAAUCAGCCGUCGUCCUCAGAUCUAAUGCCCUUCCUGCAGCGGGCGGGGAUGGACACCCAAGUCAUCAGGACCACGUCACUCUCUAACGUACAGAACAUUAUCAACGCCCUCCCUGCCAACCUCAAACCCAUCGUACUCUUCAGGUCCGGGUCUGGCCAACUGACGGAGCUGGACGCCAAGACUCUGGUACCUCUCCAGCGCUUCGGCCGCUCCACCACCACCAAAGGGCCCAGGAAGAGGCGGGAGGCCCUCCUCACCUGUGACCUGGACUUCACCCACCACCUGUUUGAUACCUGUCUACUGAGUGUUGGUAGAGACCCUCAGUAUAAGUCGUCUCUAUUUCUUAUUUAG